UAUCUCUCGCAGCGCUGAGCAUCGAGGUUCUAUCCACAGAGAGUGGAAGCAAUGGCCCUCUCCAUGGCGGCAGCGUUGCCUCUCUCCUCCUCCCUCUCCAUCGUCAGCCGAGGCCCAAGCCAUUCCGUUCCUCUCUCCACCAAUCUCUCCUUCUCCAACCACACCGCCAAUUCUAAGCGCCAAGGGAUGCUGAACAUAAGGUGCGUUCGCGUUGGCGGAGUGGAGAUUCCCAACAACAAGAGGGUGGAGUUUUCCCUGCAGUACAUCCAUGGCAUUGGUCGCUCCCGCUCCCGCCAGAUCCUUUGCGAUCUCUCACUCGACAAUAAGAUCACCAAGGACCUCUCCGAUGAUGAGCUUAUCUCCCUCCGUGAAGAGGUCUCCAAGUAUAUGAUCGAAGGCGACCUCAGGAGGUUCAAUAGGCUGGCUAUCCAGAGGUUGAAGGAGAUCCGGUGCUACCGAGGGAUCAGGCAUGAGAUGGGCUUGCCUUGCAGGGGCCAGCGGACGAAGAACAACUGCCGCACGCUCAAGGGCAAGAGGGUCGCCGUUGCCGGCAAGAAGAAGUCUCGCUAAGAUGUCAACUAUUCCAUCAGAUAAGUAAUGUGUUUUUCUUUAUCUUUUGUAACCUCUUUCUUUUGCUAUCCUUUGCCAUGAACUAGACACCGUUUGGAAAUUGAAACCUUUUUCUAGUGUAUAUUUUAUUGAUCAUGCCAUUCCCUUGUAGUUUUAUUGGGUGCUGUGUACAAGAUGACAUUUUUCUCAGUUAGAUUUGCAUUUGAAUGGCUUUGUUAAUCA